AUGGCCCGUACGGAAGGUUUGGUUUACAGAAGUAUGACUUCUGAUGUUAGUGGUGAUGUACGCAUUUUGCUGAUUGGUGAACCUGGUGUUGGCAAAUCAUCGCUCAUAAUGUCAUUGCUUCAAGAUGCAUUUUGUGUUAAAGUACCUCCUCGAAUCGAUAACAUAAUAAUUCCUUCUGAUAUAACACCUGAGGGCGUAAUAACAUCAAUUCAUGAUUACUGUGCAAAGAAGCAAAGUGACGAAGAACUACGACGAGAGAUAAAGUGGGCGAAUGUUGUGUGUGUUGUUUAUGCUGUUGACAAUCAACAUUCUAUUGAUGAAGUGGUUUAUAAUUUUAUUACUAUUAAAGCUACAAAUAAAUGGUUGCCGUUAAUUAAGGAAGUUAAAAAGGAUGAAAAGGAGUGUUGUCCUCUAAUUUUUGUUGGAAAUAAAUCCGAUGAAACUGUGCCAUCAAAGCAUAUGAAUCAGGUACUUUCCAUUAUGAAUGAAUACAGCGAAAUAGAAACAUGUGUGGAAUGUUCAGCGAAAACAAUGAAAAACAUAAGCGAAAUAUUUUAUUACGCUCAGAAAGCCGUAAUUUAUCCUAUCCAUCAGUUAUAUAUAUCAGAAGACAGAGAACUAACUAGGAAAUGCAAGAAAGCAUUGAUACGUAUUUUCAAAAAAUUUAAUGAUUACUUUUUUGAGCUGUGUGAUUUUGAUAACGAUGGCCUUCUCAGUGACGUAGAAUUGAAUCGAUUUCAAUUAUUUGUCUUUGGGAUUCCGCUUACAGCAGUUGCAAUAUCAGAUGUGAAAUCUGCUGUAAGGUCAAAUCUGAAGGAUGGUGUUAUUGAUAGUGCCAUUACUCUUCCUGGUUUCAUCUACCUCCACCAGCUUUUUAUUCAUCGUGGACGACAUGAAACAACAUGGAGAGUAUUGCGAAAAUUUGGAUAUGACAACGACUUAGAACUUGCAACAGAUUACAUCCAACCUCCUCUGAAAGUACCGAAAGGUUGCUCUACUGAAUUGACUCAGAAGGGUUUGCAGUUUAUCUCUGCUCUAUUUCAAAAAUUUGAUGAGGAUAAAGAUGAUUGUUUAUCUCCAUCGGAACUUCAAAAUUUGUUCAGCGUUUGUUCAUCACAUGUAUGGACUAAAGAAGCAUAUUCUGCAGUAGAAACAAAUUCUAAAGGAUGGCUGACUUACAAUGGAUAUUUGUCUUAUUGGAUAUUGACGACGUUCUUGAAUGUUUCUUUGACGAUGGAAUUGUUGGCAUAUCUAGGUUUCAAUAUGCAUCAUGAGUCUCAGUUGGAUGCUAUUAGGUUGUUAUUUCAGGUAACACGAGACAGGCGAAUAGAUAUCACUGAAAAAUCUACCACCAGAACAGUAUUUCAGUGCCAUGUUAUAGGACCAAAGGGUGCUGGUAAAACGAUGUUCUUGCAAUCUUUUGUGGGUCGUAAUCUUAUGGACAUAGCGGUGUUGGGCAAAAGGUCGAUUUCACCUUAUGUUUUGAACAGGGUAGAGGUGAAGCAGAGUAUAAAAUAUCUUAUGCUUCAUGAAGUUGAUGUACUUUCACCUGACGAAGCUCUCACAGCUUAUGAAAAAAGUGCAGAUGUUAUUGUUCUUUUAUAUGAUAGUUCUGAUACCAAUUCUUUUGCAUAUUGUGCUUCAAUGUAUAUGAAGUAUUUUUAUCGUACCAAAGUGCCAUGCGUUAUUGUAGCCACAAAGUCGGAAUUAUGUGAAGUUGAACAAAACUAUGAACAACAACCGAAAGAGUUUUGUCGUACACACUCAUUACCUCAACCACUUCGCUUUCGACUGGAAGAUAUUGGGAAAACAGAUAAUCCAAUUUUUUUGCAGCUUGCAAUAAUGGCCGUUUAUCCGCAUUUGAAGCGAGUAUAUCAUAUUCAAGAUUCUUAUUUGUUGUCCACGAUUACUGUUGGUGCCGCCAUAGCUGCUUUGGCGGGAUUUCUUCUUUACAGGAAUUUGUGA